AUGAGGUUAGGUGGACAAGAUGAGCGUAAACGGCGCGAAGACUUGUCGACACAUGCUAUGUUUUUAAUUGGCACUGGCUUCUCCUUGAGUACAGACAUAUGGAUCAUAAUAGCAGAAAUAGGAGUAAUGUGCGGUUGGAGCUCACCCGAUUUAGUUUUAUUAACUACUCCAGAAUCACCUUUACCAUUGACGUUAAUUGAAGGAUCGUGGGUUGCAUCUUUAUUAUAUUUGAUUCUUAUUAUUUUACUCAUUUUUCUACCUGAUUCUCCCCACUAUUUGGUACAAUUUGGAAACAUUGAAGAAGCGAGAAAAUCUCUUAAAUGGUAUCGUAAUGACGAGAAAGUCGAGAAGGAACUCGAAGAAAUUAUAAAAUUUGUUAAAUCUACUGCUACCACUAGCUUUCUAGAAACGUUAACUGAUUUCAGACUGAAACAUGUAAGAAAAGCUACCAUUCUCGUGAUGAUGUUAUUCAUAUUUAUGCAACUAUCAGGUCUCAACAACGUUCUUUUUUAUAUGGAGAUUAUUCUUGUACGUAGCAAGUCCAAACUUAUCAAUACAUCUUCUGCAGUUGCCUAUAUACUUGCUUGCUCUAUUACAACCUGGAUUGCAUGUUUACGAUUGUACAAUAGAUGCGGUAGACGCAUUCUUUUGAUAUGGUCAAGUAUUGGAGUAACAGUAGCCCUGACAGCACUAGAAUCACAUUUUAUGAUGAUGGAAACUAAAAUUGAAUGGGCAGGAUCAGAAUGGUUACCAAUAAUAUCACUUUUUGCGUUCAUAAUUUUUUUCGUACUUGGUCUUGCUUCAAUUCCGAGCAUAGUUGCAAGUGAGGUUUAUGCAGUAAAUGUUAAAUCUGUGGCUACUUGCAUAGCUAAUUUAACAGCAGCUAGUGCAGCUUUUUUAUCAUCUAAAUGUUUUCAACUAUUUGUUGAUUUAUUCGGUGAAGCAUAUGUUUUUUAUGGACAUGCCAUUAUUACUUUUAUGGCAGUACCUUAAGCACUUUUUAUAAAGCCCAAAACCAAAGGAAAAUCAUUACAAGAGAUACAAGAUGAUUUAAUUAAUAAGUCGCAAAUUAUAUAAUAAAUCUAAAUAAAAUGUAUAUUCUUAUAUAUUUAAUAUUAAUAACCGAAUAUUUUAAUGGCAUUACAUUCA